UCGCUGAGGUCGCCGAAGCAUGAGGGUGACAGGAACGCUGCUGCUGCUGGGGCUGGCCGGCUGGGCCGCCGCCACCGAGGUCAUCUGCUACUGGGGUGCCUGGAGCACGUACCGAAAUGGAAACGGCAAGGUAACCGUCGACGAUCUGGAUCCCACCAAGUGCAGCAUUUACAUCUAUUCAUUCGCCAAACUGAAUCCAAGCAGCUACGUGAUGGAGCCUUACGAUACUUGGCUUGACAUUAGCCUGCAGGGCUACGCGAAAUUCGUAGCGAUGAAGCAGCAGAACGCGGCGCUGAAGGUACUCAUCGCGCUCGGCGGCUGGAACGACUCGCUCGGCUCCAAGUACUCCACCAUGCUGGCCAGCCCAGCACUGCGCGCCAACUUCAUCAGCAAGGCGGUGGAGUUUCUGCAGCAGUACGGCUUCGACGGCCUGGACCUGGACUACGAGUACCCGUCGGCAGCCGACCGAGUCAACUUCGCCGCCUGGGUGACGGAGCUGCGCGCGGCGCUCCAGCCGCUCGGCCUGCUGCUCACCGCCGCCGUGUCGGCCAGCGACGGGCGCGUCGCUGCCGGCUACGACGUGCCGACGCUGGCCGCCGGGCUGGACUUCAUCAACGUGAUGACGUACGACUUCCACGGCAGCUGGGAGGCGGCCGUGGCCGACCACCACUCGGCCCUGGCUCCGCGACCCAGUGACGCCGGCAGCGGCCUCGACACGCAGUCAGGCAUGGCCGCCUGGCUGAGCCGCGGCGCGCCGGCCGCUAAGCUGGCCAUGGGCGUGCCGCUGUACGGUCGCAGCUGGCGGGUGCCCGGCGCCAGCAAGACGCCACCGGUGGCCGCCAGCGGUGCCGGCGUCAGCGGCGUCUACACCGGCGAGGCCGGGUCGCUCUCCUACCUGGAGAUCUGCGAGAAGGUGAACUCUGGCUGGACGGUGGUGCAGGAUGCCACCGGAAAGAUGGGACCGUAUGCCUACUCCGGAGACCAGUGGGUCGGCUACGACGACGUGGCGAUGGUGGCCACCAAGACCCAGUACGCCGUCAACCAAGGGUUCGGCGGCGUCAUGGUGUGGGACGUCAGCUCAGAAGACGUCCGGAACGUUUGCGGAGGUGGCGCAUGGCCCCUCAUGUCUGCAAUCCAGGCCAAUCUUGGCUCCACUGGAACCACCGCCGCCACCACGGCUGGGACCACCGCCGCCACCUCGGCUGGAACCACCGCCGCCACCACAGCUGGAACCACUCCUGCUACCUCUGCUGGAACAACCGCUGCCACCAGCACCGCGGGAACAACUGCCACUUCUGCUCCCGGAGCAUUUACGUGUCCUCAGCCGAAUGGCUUAUUUGCUGACCCAUUGGACUGUCAGAGCUAUUACAACUGUGGAUGGGGCGUCCCGCACCAUACCACCUGUCCUUCCGGCACUCUGUUCGACCCGGCCAUGAGCAACUGCAACUGGGCCAACCUGGUCAGCUGCUCGACGUCGCCUGGAGGAUCGACUGCUGCCAGCACCAGCGGCACGGCCAGCACCGCUGCCUCCACGACCACCUCCGCACCCUCCGGGCCCUUCACGUGCCCCUCACCCACUGGGCACUUCGCCGACCCGGCCGACUGUCACAGCUACUACAACUGCUGGAUGGGCACAGCGUACCACUUCACGUGCGCGCCCGGCACCAGCUGGUCACAGGCCAUCGUGGCCUGCGACUGGUCUUCCGUCACCGGCUGCUACUGACGUCCGGGCGGCGCCCUGUCGCACGACAGCUGGCCUCCUGGUGUACUACAUCAUCUAGCGGCGUCCUCGGCCGUGUUUUGAGGCCCUUGUCUACAGCUUUAGUAGUUCGAUGCACUCUGAUUGAUGCAGUCUGCUUUGACACGUUGUGUGAUUGCUCCGACACCUGUCGAUGGUUGAAAAAAGCGGUAGUGGCUUGCUUGAAUAAAUUCAUUUAUAUUGGAAGCUAAGACCUAAAACGAUAACACAGUUAUGAAGAAAUACUCACUCCCUGCUAAUGGCAGGUGUGCAAUUGAUAGCAUAACUGCGUGGUGAAUAUACAUAAAAUG